GAAGCAUCCCCCACUCACUGUCCCCUCGCCCUCUACACUUUAUCCAAUCGCUGUCCCCAGGAAGAAGGCUGUACCGGGCUUGGAUCCCACCUCUCACCGCAAAGCACCUGCCUGCACCCCCACCCCAGCACCAGCGACGCCAGUGCAGGAGGAACCAGUGCUGGAGCCAAAGGAGGACAGAGAGGUGCUCAGGGAGGGCGGUGGGAGAGGAGGAGGUCUGCCUGCAGCCACACAGCUCCCCACCAGCCAUGGCCCGCGCUCGGGGUCGGUCUCUGCUCACCCCUCGGUGAGUGAGGGAUUGCGAGUCAGGGAGGGAUGGGAUCUGCUCGAGCCUCUGCCAAGAGCUGGCUCCAGAUCUGCAGGCAGCUUCUGGGCUGCAUUUUCCCUGUGGCGCGAAGCAGAGCUGGAGUGUCCGGGGUUCACUCCUCACUGACACUGAACCGCCUGAGACCAUCACCUUCGCCUCUGGCUCCGCAGGGAGUCCCAUCUCUGUCCCCCUCUCCCACCGCCGCUGACCCCCAGCUCCUCGCCCGGAGGAAGGGUGCGCGUCGUGUACAUCUCCCAUCCACCAAAAUCUAUGAUCAGCUCGGUGUGUGUCUCCUCCUACCGUGGACGCAAGUCUGGGAACAAACCACCCUCCAAAACAUGCCUGAAGGAAGAGAUGGGCAAAGGGGAAGAGUCGGACAAGAUCACCAUCAACGUAGGUGGUACCCGGCAUGAGACCUACAAAAGCACCCUACGGACUUUGCCGGGCACGCGCCUGGCCUGGCUCGCCGACCCUGACGCCCAGAGCAACUUUGACUUUGAUGGGAAAAGCAAUGAGUUCUUCUUCGACCGUCACCCCGGGAUCUUCUCCUACGUGCUCAACUACUACCGUACAGGCAAGCUGCACUGCCCCGCGGACAUCUGCGGACCCCUCUUCGAGGAGGAGCUGACCUACUGGGGCAUCGAUGAGACCGAUGUGGAGCCCUGUUGCUGGAUGACCUACCGCCAGCAUCGUGAUGCCGAAGAAGCCCUGGACAUCUUUGAGAGUCCUGAGCCUGGUGGAGGGGCCGGUGGAGAGGAGCCUGAAGAGGAAGGGGGUAGGGAGAUGGCCCUUCAACGUCUGGGCAUGGAUGACAGGCCGCCGGGGGCAGUGGGGGCUACCGGAGGGGGUGGCUGCUGUCGGAAUUGGCAGCCCAGGAUGUGGGCACUCUUUGAGGAUCCCUACUCAUCCAAGGCGGCAAGGGUAGUUGCAUUUGCCUCACUUUUCUUCAUCCUGGUCUCCAUCACGACCUUCUGCCUGGAGACGCACGAGGCCUUCAACAUCAAUGUCAAUGUGACCGAGACCCUUGUGGUUGGCAACACUACAACAAUCCUGCUGACGCAUAAAGUGGAGACAGAGCCCAUCCUCACCUACAUCGAAGGUGUCUGCGUCCUGUGGUUCACCCUCGAGUUCCUGGUUCGCAUCAUCUGCUGUCCAGAUAAGCUUCUCUUCAUUAAAAACCUGCUUAACAUCAUUGACUUUGUGGCCAUCUUGCCCUUCUACCUGGAGGUAGGUCUCAGUGGCCUGUCAUCCAAAGCUGCCCGGGACGUGCUGGGCUUCCUACGGGUGGUCCGUUUCGUCCGGAUCCUCCGGAUCUUCAAGCUGACACGGCACUUUGUGGGUCUCCGGGUGCUGGGCCAUACGCUCCGGGCUAGCACCAAUGAAUUCCUGCUCCUCAUCAUCUUCCUUGCGUUGGGGGUCUUGAUUUUUGCCACUAUGAUCUACUACGCUGAGCGGAUUGGAGCCAAGACAUCUGACCCCCGUGGGAGCGACCAUACUCAUUUUAAGAACAUCCCCAUCGGCUUCUGGUGGGCUGUGGUCACAAUGACGACCUUGGGCUACGGCGACAUGUACCCCAAGACCUGGUCAGGCAUGGUGGUGGGGGCUCUCUGCGCGUUGGCUGGGGUGCUCACUAUCGCCAUGCCCGUGCCUGUUAUCGUCAAUAACUUUGGGAUGUACUAUUCGUUGGCCAUGGCCAAGCAGAAGCUGCCAAAGAAGAAGAAAAAGCAUAUACCCCGCCCGGCCCCGCUGGACUCCCCUACCUACUGCAAAUCUGAGGAAAACUCCCCCCGUAACAGCACCCAGAACGACACUUGCCCAUUGGCAGUGGAGGAGGGGGUGGCUGAGCGGAAACGGUCAGACUCUAAACAGAAUGGUGAGGCCAACGUGGUGCUGUCGGAUGAGGAACAGCCACUGUCACCAGCGGAUGAGGAGAAGCGGCCCAUGCGGCGCUCCAGCACCCGGGAUAAGAACAAGAAAUCCUCCACGUGCUUCCUGCUGGCCACGGGUGACUUCUCUUGUGCAGCGGAUGGAGGCAUCCAGAAAGGCUAUGGAAAAUCCCGAAGCCUAAGCAGCAUAGAUGGUGUGGCAGGAUCUACGGUGGGCUUGGCUCCCCUCACGUCCCGCUGCAGCUCUCCCUGUCCUCUGCAGCGUCCCUGCUCUCCUGUCCCCUCCAUCCUCUAAAAUGCUGCCUGGAUCCCGCUGUGUUGUGUCGUGUCGCUCUGUACCCCCUUCUCUGUGAUGCCGUGUCUCUGUGGCCAUGCCUGUGCCCAGACGAGACCGAGCUGGGACAUCUCCAUCCCUGAGAAACAGGUUUUGAUCUUCUCCAGCCCAGCGCUGCUGCCGUGCUCCCCUUGCCUGUUUUGCAGGACACGUAAUGUCUCCAUUGAACUUGUCUUGCGUCCAUGUGUUUGGCACAGUCCCUGGAGUGGGUUGAGGGUUUGCUCAGUGGUUUUUUUUUUCCCCCCUCCUUGAAACCUUAUUCAUCCGAAAUAAAUCAGGCCAACCUCUGUGAUUCCCUCUGCUGUCGAGCCCUCCUUCCCGUGGACCAUUUGCACUUGGGCAAAGGGUGGUGGAAACAAGGAGGACGUGUUGACUCAUAAAAUUAUAGAUCAUUGUGCUGGAAGUGGCUGAGUUCAUAUAAUUUUAGGUCUUUUUUUUAAAAAAAAAAGAAAAUCAGCCUCAAGUUUCUGGAGGCAGCUGAUGAAUAAACCUCUAUUCCUUGCCCAGCAGCAGUUCCUCUCUGUUUGUUUGUGCCUUUUUCUGCCUAAAUCACACUCGUUUCCUCUCCGUUUUCGUCUAUGUCUCCAUCCAACCUCAGGGAUGAUCCUGGGGUGGCAGGUGGCUUUGGCAGCUUCCAAAACCCACCCCGAGGUGGUGGUUUUCUUGGAGGUGGGUUCUGGGUAUGGGGAGCACGUGGAGGCUGAGAUAAAGGAUUGACAAAAUCUAUGGAUGGAUGCUCCCAUGAAGAGCUGGAAGGUGAUGGGGAGAGGAAUAUUGAUCCCUGGGAGCAGUUGGGAAAGCUGCUGCUGCUGUUGAAUAGUGGGGAAAUGAGAGAUUUGAGACAAAAUGAUGCUUAAAUGGAUGGGAGGAUGAAUCCUCUCUUGAGACGGAUGCAGGAUGAUGAGGCACAGCAUCCCCAUAGGGAGGGAAGCUGAGUUUGAACCAGGUCCUCCCCAGCCUUGUAAGGAUGAGGUUGGAGUGCCCAGCUCCCGCACUGCUGGUAUUUGAUCGCAUAUGUUAGUUUUUGGGGUGAUUUUGAAUGAUCUUGGGUGUCUUCCUGAACUAAACCUAAACAUUUAGUCUCCUGACUUCUGCCUCAGAUCUAUCUCCGUUGCUCUGCCUCUGCCUCUCUGGAGGUGUCUGGGCCGUGGGUUGCUGAAAGGGGUUGGUUUAGUGGCUGCAGCCCUGGUCUCCACUCUCACCCCGGUACCAGAGGGUUUGAGGGCAGGAGAUGAACACCUCCUAGACUCAGUGCUGGACCUGGAAUUUCUCCAGAUUUGGGGAGAAAUAAGGAUAAACCCCAUCCGUCUUUCACCUAGGAUGCCUCGUAGUAGUUUAUUGGUGAUUCACCCCUUACUAGCAGCACCCGAGUUUACCCUGUACUGUCGGUGUAGCUGCAUUCCUUGAGUUUCCCUAAUUAAAGUGUAUUCCCACACCAAAUGCUCAGGGUAACUCGACAGAUUAGUGAAUCACCUCAAAAUAUCACGAGCUGGGCGAAGGGGUGAGUAUGGCAGCACCGUACCGGCUCUUCUUUGGCUCAUCCUUCCCUUUGGAGGAGGCUCAUCUCGAGAGACCUUAUUGCUCUCUACAACUACUUGAAAGGAGGUGGUCAGAGAGAGGAGGGAGCUGGGCUCUUCCCCAAGGUGACAGGGGACAGGACAAGGGGGAAUGGCCUCAAGCUGCGCCAGGGGAGGGUCAGGCUGGACAUCAGGAAGAGAUGUUUCACAGAAAGGGUCAUUGGGCACUGUCAGAGGCUGCCCAGGGAGGGGGUGGAGUCCCCAUCCCUGGAGGGAUUUAAAAGAUGGGUAGAUGAGGUGCUCAGAGACAUGGUUCAGUGGUUGCUAGGAAUGGUUGGACCCGGUGAUCCGAGAGGUCUUUUCCAACCUGGUGAUUCUAUGAUUCUAUGAAGCAGGAGAAUCUAAAAUAUCCCCAGCCUGUGCGAGCAGAAAGGUCACCCUCCAUGGUUUCAGUGGUCUCCGAAUCAUAAAUGAUUUAACCAAGGUCGCACGCUGACUUUGGGGACGAGCCAGGCAUGAAAAACCAUCUCUGCUGCCCUGUCUUUUGCAGAAGAAACAGCUCAAGAGUCUCAGACAUUGGGGUUUGAGUCUCUUGAAAGCAGAGGGUUAACUCCAGAGCAGGUGAAGCUGCAGAUCCUGAGAGAUCCCAUCCUCUCCUUUUCCUCCACCAGGCUCCCAAAUCAGCUCAUCCAAACACCGGAGCUGGUCGCUUGGUGUGGAAAACCCUUGGUGGACCCCCAAAAACCCUCAUCCCUAUUCAAGCAGUGAGGGUUGGGUAUGAGAGCUACCAUGGAGCUGAUACCAUGCAAUUUUUAGCAGUGGUGUUAUGCAACUUGGGAGCAGGGAUGACUAAUGUGCAAAAAGCUCCUCUAAAACAACCGUGCCCUGAAUGGGAGACAGAGGGAUUUCAGUGGGAGGCACCAAACUGUCGAAAAACUCAUUGCAUCUUCUCCCUUUUCCUCCCCUCCUUCUUCUGAACAAGUGAUUUGGGGGAUGCAGGAAGGGGAAAAUAGCGUGGUGUUAUGUUUAAGUGAGGUCUGGGUUGGUUUUGGGGUGAGUUAGCAGGGGCUUAUCCCCUGGAUGAGAUUAUAAGAGGAGCUGUAGUGGAUCAGAAGAGCAAACUAUUAAAUAUCCCUGUAACCCAGGGGUUUUAUCUCAAACAGUGGCCAAAAUUGGCUGCCUAGAGAAUAGGAUAAGAAUAGAGCAAGUAUAUACGAUACUUCCCCCGAAUAUCCUCCCAGCCGUUUAUCUAUGUUUAGGGAUCUGCACGUUCCAGCUCAGGCGGAAAGCAGCGGGAAAAAGCAAGGUUGUUUGAUUUAUUCUUGACGAACCGAAUAAAUCAAUAGGAGUCUGGCUGCCUCUGCCCAGGUUCUAAAAUGGCAUUUAAAAAUAAAUCAACUGGUGUGCAGUGACUGUCAGGGCAGGGAGCUCACUGCUGGGAUCCCAGCCUGGAAAGGAGAGUUUCCCAUGGGAUGGGAUGAAUGUGUCAGGUCUGAGAUGCUGGCUUGUUCCCAGCAGGAUGCUGUGGUGGAGCAGGAAUCUAUAGAUAAAACCCUAUGUAUACUCUAUAUAUGUUCCCCUUGCCCUGUACGGUGUGGGACCAAGGGGAGCUUUACGGGGAGCGAUGAAGGGAGAAGGCUUUGAAUCAGAAAAGGGAAGAUUUAAAUUGGACAUGAGGAAGAAAUUCUUCAUGAUGAGGGUGGGGAGGCACUGAAACAGGUUGCCCAGAGCAGUGGUGGCUGCCCCAUCCCUGGAGGGGUUCAAGGCCAGGUUGGAUGGGGCUUGGAGCCCCUGAUCCAUGGGAGGUGUCCCUUAUGGGUUGGAAAGAGAUAGGCUUUAGGGUCCCUUCCAACCUGUGCUCCUUGCCCCAUUUCAGCUGCAGAUACUCGUGAUGCUCAGCAGUGGGGAUGGGAUCAGAGAUGCUGCGUAGCAUCGGGCUGCCUCGAUCUUCCUGGGGGUCCUUGCACCCGUGCGUGUGCCUCGCACUUUGGGACAGGGAUCAAAUCCCUGUAGCCAGAAAGCAGCCAUGCAAAGGGCAAAACCCUCACAGCCACAUCCUUUGGAUGUAAUGGGGGCUGGGGACAGUUUCCCCCUCCAUCAUCUGGCAGCAGCUUCUUCCUUCUCUCUUCCUCCUGGGAGACUCCGAGUCCAGCAUUGUGUGGAGGCUGUGAUGCUGUCCCAGCUUACAUGCAAAGUAUUAAUUGUUGUUGUUGCAACAACUGCUCUGUUCCUCAGGAGAUGCCUGAAAGAGCUGAGAAAAUAGAAAGGCCUGCCAGGCAGCUGGGCAGGAGGUGAAGAUGUCAAGAGAGUAAUUGCUUUACCCAGAAGCAGCCUGUUUCUGGCUUCCCCAGCAUCGCCAGGAAAAAAUCCUCACUGCUUAUUUGAUGAAAAUAAAAUAAAAUAAAGUAGCAACCCCCUCCCUGCCCGUGCUGACGAGGAACAGGGAGAGCAGAGGCAGAUGCAAAAUAAGAUGCAGUUGAGCUUAUAAAUAGGUGCCUCCCAGCUCCCAGUCUGUUACUUCCUUACCUCCGCCCAGGCAAUCCAUCCUUACACUUUUCCCCCAUGGAAAGCUAAAGGGAGGCUCAGAAAGGAUUUGCUGAGGAGCAGGUCAUGCUCUUCUUCUCCUGUGGGACAGGCUUGGGCAGGGAAUAUGUCCUGGUGGAAUAUCUCCGUUUGGAGAGUGAAAGGGGAGUCAGCCUGAUGGGACAACUGUGCCAGCAUGAGGUUCAGGACAAGUCCUGCGGGUUGUGUGGAAGAUACCCAAUGCGAGAGGUGGCUUUGCAGAUGUGCAGCCCCACAAGGGUUGCAUCUCUGGUCCUUGCAGCAUGGGAGAUGCAAAUGGCCAUUGGCUUUGGCUCCACCAUCAUGAAAUCUCCUGGUCCGUGGGAGAUGCAAUUGUUGGCUGGGAGGUGUUUAAUUCCAACAUCAAUGGAGAUAGAAGAAGAUAAAAAAAGCCAAGCAAGGGCACUGGCAGACCAAAGCAGGGUUAAGGUAGGACCUACCCAGACAUUGCACUGGGGAGAUGCCUUAAAGGAGGCUCCAGGAAGGCUGGGGAGGGCCUCUGGAUCAGGGAGUGCAGGGAUGGGGCAACAGUUUUCAGCUGAAAGAGGGAAGAUUGAGAUGAGAUCUUAGGGAGAAAUGUUUCCCUGUGAGGGUGGGAGGCCCUGGCCCAGGUUGCCCAGAGCAGUGGUGGCUGCCCCAUCCCUGGAGGGGUUCCAGGCCAGGUUGGACGGGGUUUGGAGCCCCUGAUCCAGUGGGAGGUGUCCCUGCCUGUGGCUGGGGGUGGAACCAGAUGGGCUUUGAGGUCCCUUCCAACCCAAACCAUUCCAUGAUUCAAUGCUUGUAGGGGAAAAGCGAGACUGCAUGAACAACCCCACACCUGGAAAACUUGGGUCUGGGGGGGCCCUGGCAGCACUGCAGCAAAUCCUGGGGAAUUUGGGGGUUGGAUCAAGGCUGGGCUGUGCUUGACCUCCUGCUUUGCUCAAGGAGGGGGUGGUGGGGCAUCACCCAAGCAGUGGAUCUGCACCCUAAAAAGAGGUGGUGAAAGGAGCCCAUACGCUGCAGAGGGGCUGAGACCCACCGGCAGUGCAGAGCUGAGCCAGUAACAAGACAGGAGGAUGGUUCUCUCAUGGUGGCUUCGGGGGACAGCGACUAAACAACACAAAAAGAAUAACAGUUGUUAUUUAUUUUCAUUCGUGCUAAUUUUUUCUAAGGUCAGGAAGCUGCUUUCCAAGGCAGGGCCCUGGAGGAUACGGGCAGCAGGUCUCCGGCUAGCACACAAAAUGGCUUUGAAUGAGGAGGAGGAGAUGGGAGUUAAAAGCCAAGUCGUGUCCCUGGUAAAUCAAUCGAUCUGACAGGGAAUGUUUCUAGCAGGCCACGAGCCCUGCCCAGAGCUUUCAGCCGCUUGCAGGAGUGAUUGAACCCUGAGUGGUGAUAUUUUUCAGCAGACACUUCAUGCGUGGCCAUCGCUCCUCAAGUUGCUGCUGUGGAGUGAUGCUGAGUCCCUUAAACCAGUCCAUAGUGGCAGCUCUGGAGGUGGGGACCUCUCUGACAAGUCCUGGAAUUUGGGGACUUUAAUCCCAAGGGGUUUUCUGGAAUGUGGAGCUCUAAAAAGCCUUCGCAUCUGGGCACUGGUGGUCCAAGCCAUGCAGUGAUGCUCAAAGGAGGAUGAGCUGGAGAGGGACUUCUUACAAG